CGAGCUAGCGCCGCCACCCCUCCCUCCCCAUCCCACUGCCGAGCGCCCCAGCUCCGUCGUUCGUCUUCCUCCUCGCGCAAGCGCCCGCCACCAGGCCGCGUUGGAGAACCGUCCGCCUGGAAGAUCAACUGAGAACAACACCAGUGAAGCAGCCUCCUCGCCGCAUCAGGCUCUCACUGUCGGACAGCAUCAGCAGCUGCGUGCACAGACGCUUGUUCGCGCAGAUCUCGUGAAUGGAAACCCACCAAAAGAGGAAUACAUGGUUUGGGCUUUUGGACAGCCAGCAAAAGGUCAGAAACACGUAUGGGAAGACGCCUGGCGUGCUGCUGUUGACAGAUGUCAGCACCAAAUGUCACCAAGUAAUGGCUUGGAGACACCUAAUAGUUGUCGGAUUGAUAGUUGUGCGACUGAACAAUGCAGUAAGGAUACUGCUGUGUGCAAGACCACCUUCUCAGAACCACACAGCAGGAAAAAUAGCCCAAAUUCUCUGCAGUAUGACCGCGGCCAGGAAGCGAGUCAAGUAGGAGGUUGCGAACAUGCACGGAAGGACAUUCCGUGUGCUGCCGUGGACAGAUUACCAAAUCUAACGUUGCCAAUGGCUGGCUUGGAGACACCUGCUAUUUCUCGGAUCAAUAAUUGCAUGAUUGAACAAGGUAGGAAGGAUACUGCUGUGUGCAAGACCAUGGUUUCAGAACCACGGACCAGUUCUUUAUCCAAGAAAAAGACUGGAAAGAAGAUCAAAGACAUUCAGAAAUCUUGUCCAAACUCUCCUUGUGAUGGGAAUGAAGAUGGAGCAAAGCAAUCUUCGAAGAAGAAUAUCACAGGGAAUGAUUUGGAGCAAAGCGAUCUUCGAAGAAGAAUAUCACAGGGAAUGAAGAUGGAGGAAAGCGACCUUCAAAGAAGAAUAUCACUGGGAGUACUGUUAUUGGAACUUCACAUGUGCACUGCUCAGAUGAUGGUUUCAGUGGCUUGCGGUUGAGUGCUCGGGAUAAACAUAUCAACAGUUUGGUUGAGGACUGGACGGAACAAGAACUAUGUAUCAUAUGUGGUAAAGAUGGCCAGCUGCAGAAAUGUAGCACCUGCUUCUUAGGCAUUCAUCUUAGCUGCUUUGCUCCUCAGUGAGAUUCAGUGACCGUGGGGGUUGCCCUAUUUGCUUCGACAAUAAAGCCACUGAAGCAUUAGAAAAGGCUCAGAAAACACAGAAUGAAGCUAGAAAGAACCUAUCUGCUUUCUGCGCACAGCUAUUAGCAAAGCGACACAGUGAGCAAUCUACUAAAAGGCAGCAAAGAGCUGCUAACAGCGCUGUUGAUUUGAAUGGUUGUGGUACAUCUAGAAGGAAGCCAAACCAGCAGUCCGGAGCAGCUAACAUAUCUCGUAAACAUGACGGGCUUGGUCAGCAGAAAACAACUGUUACAAGUGAUGCCUUUCCUGAGGAGGUAGCCACUGAAAAGACAACCUUUUGUCCGAAUUCUGAAAAUGCAGAAGCCCAUGAAGAAAAUAGCAAUAGCAAUUCAUCUCAGUAUAGAUGCAAUCCCAUUGCAAAUAUAAUAUUGGGGCUGACAGAGAGAACAGUCUUAUGAAUUCUCACAAUUGUGAAAUUUCUGGUGAAAGAGGAGCUACAUCUGGGCGAAACAUGGGCCGCCGGAAAGUAAGAUUUGAAGAAAAGGAGACAGUGGUAUCAAAUAGCUAUAAAAAAGCAUUCGGGUGCCAGGAUCAGCUCAUGCCUUCUCCAUCAAGCAGACGAUGCCAUGCACAUCCACCAGAGAAAGCAUUGGGGUGCCAGGAUCAGUUCAUGCAUUCUCCAUCAAGUAGAAGACACUAUGCAUAUCCACCAGAGCAUUGCUCCAAUCUUCGUACACCAGCUAGAAGUGACAUUGCAUCAUCAGGUAGAAGAUCUUUUGCAUCAACUGCAAGGCGCGCAAGGGUCAUUUGGACGGAAGCAGAAGAGGCGGCUCUGCAUAAGAUACGAAAUUUCAUUACUAGUGCUGAACCAUCUUUGUGCUGAGCUGAUUCGCGUUUCAAUUCCCUAGAUUGUGUUGUGUAUGUAGUUGCGUCGUCCUCUCUUACGCUAUCUUUCACUGGUCCGUCUGGUUCAGGAAGCAGUGGCGAAAUUCGCCCCAAAAGAUAAGCGGCAGAUUUCUUGGAUUCAGAUACAUGAUUAUGGCAGGGAUGUUUUUCACCAGGUGCGACGCCCACAGGACUUGAUGCGGAAAUGGGACUACAUGAGAAAGAGUGAGGCUCUGAAAAAAGCAGGGUUUAGGGUUUAAGGGUCGGAAAUGCUUGCAUCUGAACAACUGUAGUUGCUGGUUGUGGUUUCCCUUCUUUUGUUUGAUCUCAUGUCCAGUGGUUUCCUUUUAUGAAAGGGGAGAAUGCAUGCCAAUGGGCGUGACAUUUGAGUGGAGUCACCGUGUUCUGUUUUGCUGGCAAUCACUGUAAUCCUAUCUCUGUUGUCUGCUGUAUAUAUAUUGAUGAUGUCUACCUCCGUUUGGAAGUAAGAAACAAUGAU